AUGAAUAGCGUUCUUGUUUUAAAAAAAUUACUAAGAGGUUUUACACAUAAAAGGCAAUCUGGAGUGGAGGGUUUGUUUAUCUCUGCUUUCUACUUGGAACUCAUACAACGAUACAUCCCAUUGCUAAGAGUUCCCUCUCAAACAACAUCGGAAUCUGUUCAUAAAAAUAUUCUAAACUUUCUCAUCAAAGCUCUAAAUGUUCUUGAGAAUCUCAAACCAAUCAGACAUUGUCAAGUUUUAUUAGUAGCGUACAAUAUUUUACAACAUACCAAAAUUUAUUGCGGAAUCAUGUCAAAAAGCCGAAGGGACAAUCAAAUGAGUUUAGUCAAUGUGUCGAGUGAGAGGGAUAUUUAUUAA